AUGGCUAGCGAGAAGACGCCCGAGGUUGGCGACAAAGCCUCCUGGAACUGGAACGGCUCCACCCCAUCCGGAGAAGUCGCCGAAAAGAAAGCCGAAGGCGAAGUCUCGGUCCAAUCCAAACGCGGCAACACCAUCAAGAAAUCCGCCCAACCCAAUGACCCUGCGAUCCACCUCGCCCGCCCCGGCAACGACGUCGUGAAGAACCAAUCCGAGCUUAACGUCGAAGAAAAAGCCUCUGGUGACGCCAACGGCACGAAAGAACAAGAAGAUUCUCCCGCCGAGGAAGAGCCCGAAGCCACGCCCGCCAAAACCAAACUUCCCGCCAAAUCCCCUGCCAACAAGCGCAAAGCCACCGAAGAACCCGAGCAGGUGAAGGAGGCGAAGAAGUCAAGGGGGAGACCCAAGGGCGCUGCUGCUACGCCAAAGGAAAAGAAGGAACCGAAGGAGAAGAAGGAGAAGGCUGCGCCAAAGGAGAAGAAAGAGAAGCCGGCUAAAGCUGAGGGAGAGAAGAAGGGAAGGGGGAGGCCUGCGAAGGAUCCCUCCGCGCCCAAGGCAGCGCCCAAGGCAAAGAAGGAGAAGAAGCCUGAAAAGCCUGCUGCCAAACCGAUGGGGACCGACGAGAGUGGAUUGCGUCGAGCUUCUACAAGCCAGAGCCGAGACAGGAUGUCGGCCCCUCUUGAGAUACAAGAAAACACCAUUCUGGUGAUACUGGGCGCUUCAGGAGAUCUUGCAAAGAAGAAGCUGUUUCCAGCACUCUUUGGCCUCGAACGAAGAUGUCUCCUUCCCACCGACUUCAAGAUCGUAGGUUUUGCCCCGGAUGAGAUGACCCAUGACAACUUCCUCUCCAUCAUCAGAUCGCCCAUCAACCUCGAGAGUCCGCGUUUUGCAGAGCAACUGGAGCAAUUCUGCCAAAGAUGCUCUUACGUAUCCGGCCAUGAGGGAGGUGAAAAGUCUUUUCGUGCUCUCCGGAGGAGACUUGAGCAGCUUGGGACAGGAAAGAAAGAGCAGAAUCGUCUGUUCUAUAUGGCGUUGCCGCCGAGUAUCUUCACGGGCAUGCAAGAGGGUUUGAGGAAGCACUGUUAUUCUGAGAGAGGUGCGAGCAGAAUCAUCAUCGAGAAACCCUUCGGCCACGACCUCGAAAGUUCACGAGAACUACAGCGGGCCUUGGAUCCCAACUGGAGGGAAGAUGAAAUCUUCCGCGUGGAUCACUAUCUCGGAAAAGAAGUCGUAAACAACCUUCUCGUACUGAGGUUUGGAAACGAGAUCUUCGGGGCCAUUUGGAACGCCAGGCACAUUGAUAACAUCGAGAUCUCAAUAACAGAAUCUGGAGGAGCAGAAGGUCGAGGCAGCUACUUUAAUGGUGUAGGAGCUAUUCGAGACGUGAUGCAGAACCAUCUAACGCAGAUACUCGCACUGCUCACAAUGGAGCGACCGAGAUCCUUCUCAGCGGAAGAUCUGUGCGCCGAAAAGGCCCGAGUCUUGGACUGGAUGCUACCCAUCGAGUACGUCAACACCAUCAUUGGACAGUACGAAAAAUCCGAAGAUGGCGAGAAGCCCGCUUUCAAAGACGAGGAAGACGUCCCCAAUGACUCCAGAUGCGCCACCUUCUGCGCAGCAGUAGGGCACAUUGAAAAUGAGCGAUGGGCGGGGAUUCCGUUUUUGCUCAAAGCUGGCAAAGCUCUCAACGAAUCCCUGACCGAAAUCAAAAUCCACUUCAAACCCUCCACUAACGCUGCAAUCUUCACCACCAACCCGCUCGCCAGCAACACAAUGACCAUCCGCGUCCAGCCGUCCGAAGGCGUCUUCCUAAGCAUAAACACCUUCGUCCCAUCCCUAACCACCCAAAAAACCUCAGCCAUGGACCUCGACCUUACGUACCACGGCCGCGAAAUACCAGAAGCAUACGAAGUGUUGCUGCUGGACGCGCUGAAAGGGGAUAAGGCUCGAAGUGUGCGGGGAGACGAGCUAGAUGCGAGUUGGAAGAUCUGGACGCCGCUGCUGCAUUUUCUCGACGAUGAGAACGCGGAGGUGAGGCCGAGGGAGUACGCUUAUGGCUCCAACGGUCCCGAAGGCUUGGGCGAAUUCAUAGCGUCGUAUCAGAGUCGAAAGUCGAAAGGAUCCGAGUGGGGAAGUGAUACUGGAGGAUCAUUCCGCGCGGAUAAUUCUCAGACGGCGAACUCGUCAUUGACAACGAACACGAAAGAUGUGCCUCCUUGA